UCCGCCGGAGCCUCCGCGCGCGCCGCUUCGGACUGAGGGAGAGGAGCCGCCGCCGCCGCCUCCGCCUCAGCGCCAUGCACGUCGUCAAGAGGGAUGGCCGCCACGAACGCGUCAUGUUUGACAAGAUCACCUCCCGGAUCCAGAAACUCUGCUACGGUCUCAAUUUGGACUUUGUGGACCCUGCUCAGAUCACCAUGAAAGUGAUCCAGGGUCUUUACAGCGGGGUCACCACCAUAGAGCUGGAUACCCUGGCUGCAGAGACGGCAGCCACGCUAACAACCAAGUACCCAGACUAUGCCAUCUUGGCAGCAAGAAUUGCCGUCUCCAACUUGCACAAGGAAACUAAGAAGGUGUUCAGUGAUGUGAUGGAGGAUCUUUACAACUACGUCAACCCACACAAUCGCCAACAUUCUCCAAUGAUCUCCAAGGAAACAUUAGACAUUGUAUUGGCCAACAAAGAUAGGCUGAACUCUGCUAUCAUUUACGAUCGGGAUUUCUCCUACAAUUACUUUGGCUUUAAGACUCUUGAACGUUCAUAUCUGCUGAAAAUCAAUUCCAAAGUGGCUGAGCGCCCCCAGCACAUGCUGAUGAGGGUGUCGGUGGGAAUCCACAAGACUGACAUCGACGCUGCCAUUGAAACCUACAACCUCCUGUCUGAGAAGUGGUUCACUCACGCCUCUCCCACUCUCUUCAACGCUGGGACCAGCCGCCCCCAGCUGUCCAGCUGUUUUCUGCUGUGCAUGAAGGACGACAGCAUUGAAGGGAUCUACGACACAUUGAAGCAUUGUGCACUCAUCUCCAAGUCCGCUGGCGGAAUUGGUGUUGCCGUGAGCUGUAUUCGAGCCACCGGCAGCUACAUCGCUGGGACAAAUGGGAACUCAAAUGGGCUCGUACCAAUGCUGAGGGUGUAUAAUAACACUGCUCGAUAUGUGGACCAGGGUGGCAACAAGAGACCAGGGGCCUUUGCCAUCUACCUGGAGCCGUGGCAUUUUGAUAUCUUUGAGUUUCUUGACCUGAAGAAGAACACCGGGAAGGAGGAGCAGCGUGCCCGGGACCUCUUCUACGCCCUCUGGAUUCCAGAUCUUUUCAUGAAACGUGUGGAGACCAAUCAGGACUGGUCUCUGAUGUGUCCAAAUGAAUGCCCAGGCCUAGAUGACGUGUGGGGAGAGGAGUUCGAGAAGCUCUACGAGAGCUACGAGAAGCAGGGGCGCGUGCGCAAGGUGGUGAAGGCUCAGCAGCUGUGGUACGCCAUCAUAGAGUCUCAGACGGAGACAGGAACUCCUUACAUGCUUUACAAGGACUCCUGCAACAGGAAGAGCAACCAGCAAAACCUGGGGACCAUUAAAUGUAGCAACCUGUGCACGGAAAUUGUGGAGUACACCAGCAAGGAUGAGGUUGCGGUUUGUAACUUGGCUUCCAUAGCCCUGAAUAUGUACGUCACCCCAGAGCACACUUACGACUUCAAGAAGCUGGCAGAAGUCACGGGAGUCAUCGUCCGAAACCUAAAUAAGAUCAUUGACAUCAAUUACUACCCUGUGCCGGAGGCUGAGCUCUCCAACAGGCGCCAUCGGCCCAUCGGCAUUGGGGUCCAGGGCCUGGCCGAUGCUUUUAUCCUAAUGAGGUUCCCUUUUGAAAGCCCAGAGGCCCAGCUGCUCAACCAGCAGAUCUUUGAGACAAUCUACUACGGUGCCCUGGAAGCCAGCUGUGAACUGGCCAAAGAACUUGGGCCUUACGAGACCUACGAGGGCAGCCCAGUCAGCAAAGGGAUCCUACAGUACGAUAUGUGGAAUGUAACCCCGACUGACCUUUGGGACUGGAAAGCUUUAAAGGCGAAGAUUGCAAAGUAUGGCAUUAGAAACAGCCUCCUCGUUGCACCGAUGCCAACUGCGUCCACUGCCCAGAUCUUGGGCAACAAUGAGUCUAUUGAGCCCUACACCAGCAACAUCUACACACGCAGAGUUCUCUCCGGAGAGUUCCAGAUUGUUAACCCGCACUUGCUGAAAGACCUGACGGAGCGAGGCCUGUGGAAUGAGGAGAUGAAGAACCAGAUCAUUGCCUACAACGGCUCUAUCCAGAACAUCCCUGAGAUUCCAGAGGACUUGAAGCAGCUCUAUAAGACCGUGUGGGAGAUCUCUCAGAAAACGGUGCUCAAGAUGGCAGCGGACCGGGGGGCUUUCAUCGACCAGAGCCAGUCCCUGAACAUCCACAUCGCUGAGCCCAACUAUGGCAAACUGACCAGCAUGCACUUCUUUGGGUGGAAGCAGGGCCUGAAGACGGGCAUGUACUACCUGAGGACAAAGCCAGCUGCCAACCCCAUCCAGUUCACCCUGAACAAAGAGAAGUUGAAGGAGAAGAGCUCCAAAGAGGAGGAGGAGAAGGAGAGGAACAAGGCCGCCAUGGUGUGCUCCCUGGAGAACAGAGAGGAAUGUCUCAUGUGUGGCUCAUAAGGAGCUGCCAGGCCCAGCCACAGUACCCCCCACCCCUGUGUAAACCUCCCCCCUCCCAGGUAGAUAGGUCUAGUGUAUUUUGGAGCAUGGAGAGCCUUGCAGCUCUCUGCCUUGGGGAAGGACACGAAUUUGCAGAGGAGUCAGAUGCUUGUAUUCCCUUGAGCAGGCAAAGCCGUCUGGUCUGGGGAAGGGCCUGGCUUGGGGAAGUAGGAAAACUUGUAUAUGCACAGCUGUUGUAGCAAAUCUUUUGGGACUCUUAAGUGCCCUUCUGCAGUCUUGCAUUACCCAUUGUAGAAAGACGACUUUCUUAAGUGUUCACAUGGAGAAAAAAUUAUGCACAUUAUACUUCAGGAAUUAGACUCCUUUGGCAAUCUCGACCCAAACCUGUAGCUCCUGUGCCGUACCCGACGAGAGGUGGGGCUUUCCGGGGCGCCUGUAGCUCUACUUCUCUUCCAGGGGCUCUCCAGGACAGGAUGUAUGUGGGUGUGGGCUGUCAGGUCUGCGUGGCCCGGGGGGGAAGUGUGGCUCUCCUCGCCUGCAGCCUGCUCGUUCUGCCCGUCGGUGCUCCCUGUCUUCACACCUGUCAUGCCACAUCUCCGGGGUGGGCUCUUAGGACAUGUGAUCCUUUCCCCUUCUCUGGUUGGAAAACCCAGAGAAACCACGGGGGAUUCUUGAUUAAGUGUCCAAACCGUGUUUGGUCUAGCAGUGUUAUCGCAGAAAAACAGCUGUGGCAUUAUCCCUCCCCUUCUGUUAAGAGCCACGUUCACUACGCUGGGCAGUUUUUAUAAGCAAAGGAACUUCAAGCCUUUCUGUUCCUUGCCUUGGCCGGUUUAAUCAUAACACAGUGGCCAAAGUUUAAACUAUUUAUUGAAUUACGACUCGAGUCCUCUAAACUAAUUCAGAUACUUCAAUAAAGCUU